CCGUAACAAUGGCAUUCUCCGCAACUUUCAGCAGUCCGCAGAGCAGCCUAUUGUGUGCUCAGAAGAAGGUAAAUCCCGUAUCCCCGACGACGUCGUUGCUUCCCAACCAACUUGCUCAUCAGAAGCUCCUUUAUCAACCUCUGAGGUAUGAUAAAGGGGUUGCUGCAAUUAGGGUGAGGCAAAAGAGAUUCUCCAGCCCAAUAACGGCGUCGUUGAAGUGGGAGAAAGGGUAUACCAAUGUGGAGGUGUUUACAAAGGAUCACCUUGCCGUCUCUUUGGCUUACGAUGUUGCUCAGCUCUCCAGUAAGUAUAUCAAAGAAAGAGGCGCUUUCACCGUCGCUUUGUCCGGCGGCUCUCUGAUCAAGUACCUCAGGAAAUUGGUUGAAGCUCCGUUUGCGGAAUCCAUUGAGUGGUCCAAGUGGCAUGUGUUUUGGGUGGAUGAGAGAGUGGUACCCAAGACUCACUUAGAAAGUAACUACAAGCUUGCUUACGAUGGAUUCAUCUCCAAGGUGCCAAUUCCUGGGACGCAAGUUUACGCCAUCGAUGACGCCCUGCCACCGGACGGAGCAGCGGAUGUUUGCGAGACAAAUCUUCGACGAUUGGUGAAGAGCAACGUGUUAGCUUCGUCGGAGGAGGGGAUUCCGAGGUUUGACCUGAUACUGCUGGGCAUGGGCCCCGAUGGCCACGUGGCGUCUCUGUUCCCGGGGCACCGUCUUCUGAGGGAGGAUCAGAAAUGGGUGUCCUACCUCACCGACUCCCCAAAACCACCGCCGGAGAGAAUCACUUACACGCUGCCCGUCAUCAAUUCUGCGUCGAACAUAUCCAUUGUGGUGGCGGGCGCCGGCAAGGCGAGCGCCGUUCGGAUUGCGCUGGAGGAUGAUGAGGAGAAGCCGGACAAGCUGCCCGUUCAAUUGGUGUCACCGAGAAGAGGGGAGAUCAAGUGGUAUCUGGACAAAGGAGCUGCUUCCAAGCUCUUCAAGGAGUAGGACCCACGUGUCAUCUCAUUUGCUGCCCACGCCUCAGCUUCAAUAUAUCCGAAUAAUCAGCAAGCAUAUAUGCAGCCAUAAUUAGGAUCAUGUACUGUUGCAUCACUCAUCUUGGACGUAGCUGGGUGCCCUUUUUCUCAUCAAUUUACAAAAACUUGCUGCUGGUCGGGUCAAUAACUAACGCCGGUCUUGGUUUAAUUUCAACGCAGAUGAGAUCUAUAGCACCCUCCUUAUUCGCAAACUGACAAAUCAUACACAUACAUUAAACAUUAUGUUUUCAAUAAACUACCAGCACAUAUUUGAGAAUA